CACAAAACAAAAAGACCAUCUCAAUCCAGCGAAAAAAUUACCGACAAAUAAAAAAUGGUGGCUGAAGAAAGCAGCAGCACUUCUUCAUCAUAUCCGAUCAAAACAGUUGUUGUUUUGGUCCAAGAAAACCGCUCAUUUGAUCACAUGCUAGGCUGGUUCAAAUCCCUGAACCCAGAAAUCGAUGGCGUAACCGGAUCAGAAUCAAACCCAAUAUCCGCAUCCGACCCAAAUUCAACCCGUAUUUACUUCAAGGACACAGCCAGCUAUGUUGACCCCGAUCCGGGGCACUCCAUUCAAGCCAUUUACGAGCAAGUUUUCGGGAAACCAUGGAGUACAACGGAUCCUGAUCCGAAUCCAGAAUCGGGGCCAACAAUGGAGGGGUUUGUGCAGAACGCAGAGAGUAUAGAGCAAGGGAUGGGAGAAAUAGUGAUGAAUGGGUUUAAACCAGAAGCCUUGCCGGUAUUCAAAGAGUUGGUGAAGGAGUUUGCGGUUUGUGACAGAUGGUUUGCGUCAAUUCCGAGUUCAACUCAGUCAAACAGAUUGUAUCUUAACUCAGCUACUUCACAUGGAGCUACCAGUAAUGAUACGAAGCAGUUGGUUGAUGGGUACCCUCAGAAAACUGUGUUUGAAUCUUUGGAAGAAAGUGGGUGUAGCUUUGGGAUUUAUUAUCAGUCUGUUCCGGCUACGUUUUUCUACAGGAACCUUAGAAAAUUGAAAUACGUGGAUAACUUCCAUCAAUUUGAUUUAAGCUUCAAGAGACACUGCAAAGAAGGGAAGCUACCAAACUAUGUGUUUAUCGAGCCGAGGUAUUAUGACCUUUUAUCCCUAGCUGCAAAUGAUGACCACCCAAAACAUGAUGUUUCUCAAGGCCAGAAAUUUGUCAAAGAUAUUUAUGAAGCACUCAGAGCAAGUCCCCAGUGGAAUCAAACUUUGUUUCUAAUUAUAUACGAUGAACAUGGUGGGUUUUAUGAUCAUGUUCCAACUCCAGUAAAUGGAGUUCCAACGCCUGAUGGCAUUGUUGGUCCCGAGCCUUAUACCUUUAACUUCGAUCGCCUCGGGGUUAGGGUUCCUGCCAUCUUAAUUUCUCCUUGGAUUGAGCCUGGAACAGUGUUACAUGGACCUUCGGGGCCGUCUCUUACUUCAGAGUUCGAGCAUUCAUCGAUUCCAGCAACCCUCAAAAAGAUUUUCAAUCUUAAAGAUUUUCUCACUAAACGUGAUGCUUGGGCGGGUACUUUUGAGGGCGUUGUGAAUAGAAACAGCCCACGAACAGAUUGUCCAGUUACACUGCCGGAACCACAGAAAAUGCGAGAGACAGACGCGCAAGAAGACGCAGAACUUAGUGAGUUCCAACAAGAAUUAGUACAACUGGCAGCGGUGUUCAAAGGGGAUCUUACAAAAGAUAUUUAUCCUGAUAAAAUUAUGGAGAAGAUGACUGUUGCAGGAGGCUUAAAGUACGUUGAUGAUGCAUUCAAGAACUUCAGUGAUGAGUGCAAGAAAGCGAGGGAAAGUGGAGCAGAUGAAUCUGAGAUUGUUCUUUUACCAAAAUCAAAACCACCAACCAAGACAACCUCUACAACUUUUCUUCAGAAGGUAUUCUCUUGUUUAGUAUGUGAUAAUUGAUUAUGCCUACGAGAUAAGCAUUCAUUCCAUCGACAAUUUGAAGAAUUUUAUCUCCAUGA